GUCAAUUUUUUUCCCUCCCUACUUCUCCCUUCCCUUUUGCAAGUCAAUCAAAUCAAAUGUUGUGUAUCAAUAUCAAUAAAAUUCAACUUGUUAUUUAUUAAUAUUUCAAUAUUGACUACGGUUUGUCGUCAAAGAUCAUGAUAUAAAAUUUAAGCUUUAGGCUUUAGAAAAUGAUGAAGGCAACAGGUUUAGGUUCUCAUCGACCACUUUCGGGGCAGCUAUAUAAGUAUACUAAUGUAGUUAAGGGAUGGCAGCAGAGAUGGUUUGCGGUGGAUCCGGAGACUGGCGUACUUUCUUAUUAUCUGUUCGAUGGUCCCGGUGAUACAAUACAGCCAGGGCAGCCGGCGCGAGGGGAGGCACAUUUAGCUGCAGCAGUGAUAUGUCCAAGUGACGAGGACUCUCGUACGUUCACCAUCAACUGUGCAUCAGGAGACAUGCUGAAGCUGCGUGCCACAGAUGCCAGAGCGCGGCAGGAGUGGGUUAAUGGACUGAGAGCUAUUGCUGAGAUACACACUAAAGCGAUGGGCGCGAACCCGCCGCUGCAGCCACGGGAGCAACUAGCAGUGCAUGAUGCGAUGGCCUCCGCACGACAGCAGCUGCAGGCAACUGAGCUCAGUGAUGCUGCUCUGGCCAGGUGUAUUGAGUCUUCAGAUUCUCCAUUCCCACACACAGACCCGGAUCUCUUACUUUUAAAGGCGACGUCAGCUGCGAGCAUGCAGUGCCUGCUGCAGUGUCUGGGCAUCCUGCACCGCCAGCAGCAGUGCGCCACGCUCAGCGGCGCCAAGCACACAGACAACGACCACUGACCGACCCGCGCUCACCUCUACACAUCGACAGGCUAUAAGCCGUUCUUAUUUGUGCCUAUUUGAUUUUCGCCAUUUUAGCGUUAACAGUUCAGAGGAAAAGAGAAUUUAAUAUCAAUAUACCUAUAUAAUAACCUUUAUGGUUUUAAAUAGGAAUAAAGCAAAGGCUGCCUCUCCGAGCAGAGACUUAUCCUAUAGAGAUCAGUGGUACUGUGCCACUGCACUGACCGCAGACAAUGUUUACUCUAUGUAUACUCUAUGGUGUGAGUGUGUGUGCUUGUCUAUGGUGAUACAAGUGUCAUACUUAUUAUGUAUGAAAUUUUAUUUUCUUUGUUAUUAUUAAAUGUUGUAAGUAUUCAAGCUAUAAGUAAUUAGUAUAAUAUUAUAAACACAAUUGAUAGAUGAUUAAAUGAGUCUGUUGUUUAGACAAUGUUAAUUAAUUAACAGAGACCAU